AUGAGCAGCCCCUCCGCCGCCGCAUCGUCGCCGGCCCCCGCGCUGGACGGCGGCGUCAUCCUCGAAGAGAUGCUCGAGGAGAUCCUCCUCCGCCUCCCUCCGCAGCCCUCCUCCCUUCCGCGCGCAUCCCUCGUGUGCACGCGCUGGCGCCGCAUCCUCUGCAGCCCCGGCUUCCUCCGCCGCUUCCGCGAGCACCACGGCCGGAGCAAGCCACCGCCGCUACUCGGCUUCUUCGACGAGGCAUUCUGCAGAGACAAGCGGCCCAUCUUCAAGCCCACGACGAUGGGCCGGUGGGACCGCAUCCCACCCGCGCGCUUCUCGGCGCCAUGGAUUCGCGGCGAGGGCUGGGCGUUUCUCGGCUGCCGACAUGGCCUGGCCCUCCUCAUCUGCCAGAAGCGCCGCGAGGCCGUCGUGUGGGACCCCCUCACCGGUCACCAGCGCCGCCUUGCGUUUCCACCAGGGUUCUGCAGGAAAAAGGGGAGGCUCGUCCAGAACGCGGCGGUGAUGUGCACCGCCGCCGUCGAAGACGGGCAUGUGCACGGUGACUGCCGCUUCACCCCAUUUAGAUUGGCCUUGGUAGGCAGUGAUUCUGACGGCACACACAACUUUGCUUGCCUCUAUCAGUCGGAGUCCGGUGUGUGGGGGGAUGUUGUCUCACUAGAGACCACACGUUCGACAUGUGUAUGUGUUGCAAAACCCAGCGUCCUGGUUAGAAUUUCAUUUUGCUGGCUGGUUUCUGAAGGUGGCAUCCUCGAGUUUGAUUUUGAAAGCCAGAGCCUUGUGGUGAUCCAGAAGCCGGCAGACGUUAAUGUAGUAGGCUACCACUGGUCCUUUCUCGUUGUACGGACACAGCACAGCGGUCUGGGCCUUGCUGUUUUUCCCGAGCCAGAUUAUUGUCAGAGCGGUAUCAUCCAAUUAUGGGAGAGAAAAUCUAACCGUGAUGAUGUUGUUGGAUGGGAACUGCCGAAAACCAUUCAGCUAGAUGGGCUCUUUUCAUUUGAACUGACCGGGAAGUCAAAGGCGGUUAUGAUGCAGGGGUAUGAUGAGGACAGCAAUGCGAUUUUGCUAUCAACGUUUUACGGUGAAUACAUGCUCCAGCUUGAGUCCACGCAGUUUAUAUAUCUUAUUGAACACCAAAGCAAUUACAUUAGAACCAGGACCUACUAUCCGUACAGAAAUUUCUAUGUAGGCAGCAGAGUUGGUGGUCGAGAUGGUGGAGCUGAAAUGUCAAUGCAUUAG